AUGCAUCUUCAUUUUAAUUCAAGUAUUCUCGAUUAUAUACAUCUGACACCACCGACGUGGUCAAUUACAACAACUACAAUGAAACUUUGUUCAAUUCUUUUUAGUUUACUUGAUAUUGAUAAUACAAAUCGUCUUGAAGAAUAUCAAAUUCGAGCAUUACUUAUUUAUCUUACUAAUAUGCAUAAAAAUCAAAUGUCAACUAUUAUUUAUAAAUUAGAUCUCGAUCGAUCUGGUGCUAUGGAAUUAGGAGAAUUUUUUCUUCUAAUCACUUUACUUUUAGCUAAUAAAGAUAAAAAAGAAAAAGAAUUUAUGCAUGCUCAUUCUAAAACUGUUUUUGAAUUACUUGAUGAAGAUAGUUCAGGUACAAUAACAGUUGAAGAAUUUCAACGUCUUGGAUUUUUAUUUAAUCUUGAUAAUAGAGAAAUCCGUAUUAUAUUUAAUGAUUUUGAUAUAAGUGGUGAUCAUGCACUUGAUUAUUCUGAAUUUCGUAUGUUUACAUUAGCUUGUAUUAAGAAACAAAAAUCAAUGAAAAAGAAACGUUUCAAAAUAUUACUUCAACGUCGUUUUAAUUUUCUUGCUAAACAACGACAACCAAUUCUUAAAUAUAUUAAUCAAACAAUCAAUGAAUGUGUUCCAGGUUUGAUUGUCUACGAUCAAGAUGAUACUAUUCCUAAUGUUACUCUUCCAAUGGAUAUGAAAUUUCGUUGUCAACAAUCAAAUCCAUAUCAUCAAACGACAAAUUCUAUUGAUACAAAUUCAUUAUUGAUAAAAACAUUAAAUUAUGAUGAAGAUAUUUUUUCUGAUAUGUUCGAAUCAAUUUAUAUUCGACAAACAAAUGAUAGUCGAUCGAUAAAAUCACAAUUAUUUGCUUCAAGUCAUUAUUCAUUAUUCAACUAUUAA